AUGGACCUAAAAGGUGAAAAAAGAAUCAAUGUAAAAGAUGAAGACGAUGAAGAAAUUAGAAAAAUAGGACAAGGUGAUAUGGAAGAAAUGGAAAUGCAGGAUUUAGAAAAAACAGUAAUCGAAAAAAAAAACCAAGCAGACAUAUGGUUACAAAAUAAUUUAAUAUCAUUUGAUGAACAUGAGAAGCCCUGUUUAAAAGUUUUUAAUGAAACUAGUUCACAAACUUCAGAAGAAAGACUAAGCUUUUACCAUAUAUAUAGAGAUAAUAAAAGUGUUGAUGGUACAGGGGAAAAUGUUCAACAAUCCAAAAUAAAUAUUGUAAUGUUCAGACUGAGUAUGCUAAUUAGCUGCAUUUUCAUGACAAACACUGCUAUGGAAGAGAAGAACUUAGCAUCGAACCUGGUAGACUCAGCGUCAGACCUAUCCGAUUUUGAUAAAUACGCAGUCACCUGCUACAUAUGCGUAAACGUUUCUGACAAUCUAGUUUGUAACCAAUUCGCCAUAGAUAGACCUUGUAAACCAGGAGAAACAUUUUGUCACACUCUGCAUAUAAUGGAUUCAAAGGGUACCAGCGUUCUGGUGAACAAAAAAUGCACGACGGAGAAAGAAUGCCAAAGAAAUAAAGUGGGAUGUGUGGAAAUCGACGCUCAAACGAUGUGCGUAUCGUGUUGUGAUCAAAACUACUGCAACGUCAACGUUCCAACGAAUUCAUCGACGGCCGUUUUCGACGACAAAAUUUCUAAAAUGCGGAUGCUAGCGAAGAACCUCUUCAGAGAACGAGAAAAAGCUUUAACGACCACCAUAAAAGAAUCCAAAGCCGAAAAAAUGUUUAGUUGGAAAAAAUCACUUUUCCUCGUUUAUUUCUUAUUCAUACUAAUAGCUGGCACUUAAUAGACUUUUUAAUGAUAUAGGUACUUGUUUUUUUUUGCGGAUUACCUAUAGAUGUCGCUUUGUACUCUGUAAAUAUUCUGCUUUCUGCGCUAAAAUUCUUAACACCUGUUUCUGUUGAAGUACCUUUGUUUUUUUAUCUAAUAUUGCACA